AUGAGUUCAGGAGACGAGCAGGAGAUGUCAGGAACAGAGAGCAGCUGGGACGAGUCCAUGGAGAUGGCUCUCUUCUACGCCGCCAUCAAAUUCAAACCCGUCGGCAUGCAUAAGCACUUCCGGAUGGUGAAUCUUCACAAGCACUUCAACAAACAUUCACCGACACCUUGUACGAUCGCAGAGCUGUGGGAGAAACUUGGGACUAUGUAUGAUCUCCAGACCCUGGACGAACGGGAGGACUCAGGAAUGUUCGCGGACGAGGACGAGGACGAAGAAGAAGACAGUGACGAGGAAGAAGAAAAGGAUUUCAGUUUCAAGAACAGCGAGGAGUUUGUAUUGCCACUGCACGAUUAUGACCAUCUGGUCACCGAGGUCGUGGUCAGGGACCCGUCCCCCUCUCCCAUGAGGACCACCCGAGCCCAUCGUGAGGGGUCGCAGACUCCGUCUGUGGCCGAUUCUAGUCGUGCCUCUUCACCCGAGGAAGAUGACAUGCCGAGGAAAAAACGGUCGAGGGCGGCAAAGAAGUCAGAUGUAAAUGAGACGUCGAGUCCACGGACAUCAAGUACGACGACUGCUUCCUCAACAAGGCGUGCAACCCGCGCCAAAGCCGAAUCUGCGCCCGUCACCACUCGCGGUGCGCGCAAAACCGCCAAGAAGACUUUGGGGAGCAAGCCGGCGUUGGUAGAGUUUUAUGCACCUUGGUGCGGAUACUGCAAGAACCUCGAGCCCAUCUACGCACAACUCGGAGAAGCAUUCAGCACCAAGAAGGACAAGUUCCUAAUCGCAAAAGCUGACGCCGACUCUGAACGCACUCUCGCCUCCCGCUUUGGGAUCCGAGGCUACCCCACCAUCAAAUGGUUCCCCCAAGGCAUCGACGCCGUCGCCGAAGAAUACACUGGUGGUCGGGACCUUGAGAGUUUGACAGAGUUUGUGACGAAAAAGACGGGGGUGAAGGGAGUGGUGAAGAAGGUUGUGAGUGCUGUGGUGGUUGUGACAGAUCGGGAUUUUGAAGAAAAAGUUUUGAAGAGUGGGAAGAAUGUGUUGGUGGAGUUUUAUGCGCCUUGGUGUGGGUAUUGCAAGAACCUUGCUCCCACUUAUGAGAAGCUGGCGGCCGACUUUGCAAAUGAGAAAGACGUCGUGGUGGCAAAAGUAGACGCAACAGUCGAACAAUCCGUUGCCUCAAAAUACGGCGUAACAAGCUACCCAACCCUCAAAUACUUUCCUUCCAACAGUCCCUCCAGCCCCAUCGAAUACUAUGGCGGCCGGUCCGAAAAAGAACUAGUCUCCUUCCUCAACAAGCACGCCGGCACCGCCCGCGCCUCUGGCGGAAAACUCCUCCGCACUGCCGGACGAAUCCCAGCCCUUGACACCAUCGCCUCCCAAUUCGCACUGUCGUCCUCCCCCGAGGAGAAGAAGACCUUGAUGGAAAUGGGUAAGAAAGCCGCGAAUGAGAGUGGGGACAAGAAUGCGAAGCAUUAUUUGAGGGUGUUUGAGAAGAAGGCUGGGGAGGCGGACGAGUUUAUUGUGGCUGAGAGGAAGUGGUUGGAGAAGAUUAUGGACGAGGGGAAGGUUUCGCCGAUCAAGUUGGAUGAGUUUGCGGUUCGUUAUAAUAUCAUCUCUGCCUUUGCUGCUCCCGCUCCUCCCGUCCAAGCUGCCGCUGAGCAAGUUGACGACCUCGAACGCGACGAGUUGUAA